AUCUAAAAACUGCGUACCGGAAGUAGCAUGUAGCUAUGGAAAUUAUACACAAAAAUCCCCACUUGCCUUGGUUCCUCUACUGAAAUGAAAAGAUUAUGAUUGCUUGAUUUAUACUGAUUUAUCAAAAAGAACAUGUCACAGUCUGUGGCGACCCCGCUCACGAAUCCCCACACGGGGUCGGAUUUUCUCGCGUCCACCAACUUUAAAGUGGCCCAGGAUAUGUCCGUCCUACAGGAGUCUAUGAAGAGCGUUUUCAAGAAGGACUAUCCGCCAUACCAGCACUACGGCCGAGAAAAAGAAUCUGAGCGACCAAAGCUUGCUGAGGUCAUGACCCGAGAUGACACCUUCUUCAAGGACAGAGCCUCUGAAACUGUCCAUGCCUUUGAGUAUCGCUAUCUCCCAAAGCCGGUUGCUUUAGAUGACAUCCAUCAAAAGCUUCGAUCUACGAAUUUUAAGAUGGAUACUGAUGUUAAUAAAGUGAAUGUAUUUGAGACAAUGCAUACAUCAUACUUUAAACCCAAGAUGACGUCAGCUUAUCAGCGGACAGAGCCGGCGGCUUCAACGUCAGUCAGCCAUAUCCCCCAAGGUGACCCCGAUAAAGCACUGGAACCCUGCUCGGAUUACCGUGACCGCUUCAUGGGUCACGAUACUUCAGUUCACGUGACCCACAGGGCACCCUCAAUGCAUGAAGGCGGCCCGCCAACAGUGAAGGGAGACGAUCGAAUGACGAAUUUUAAAACGUCCCAUGGCGAUCAGUUCCAGGGAAAGUGGGAGAAACCCGUGCAGACCCUGCCGGCGCCUUAUGGCUACAACAUUCCUGUCGGAGACCCGGAUAAGGUGACCAUCAACGCCACCACCAUGCAGGACACCUACCCCUUCCUGAGCGACAAGAGCGAGACCAAGCCGUACUGUAAGUCCGCGGUCAGCGCCUACCUGGGGAGGACCAACUUCAAGGAGAGAGACGGGCACGGCAGAUACAACGACUACCUGAGCACCGCCAGUGUCUCCUUCCAGCCCGCGUCCACCCAGUUUGAAAGGUACCGUCCAGGGAAACACCGGAACCACAGCGAUUUCCCCGAGGGGGACCUCCAGGAAUCCAGAGUUGCCGAACGUGUCAACAUGACGACAUCAAGAUUUUACCAUGGCAACCCACCUUUGGGCCUUCACAAUCGGAUUGUCUCGGGAGCUAACCUUAGAACCAAGAGUAACGUGCAAUUUGAGGAGCCACCUCUGACGAAAACGUUCUAUGACACCACUACUCAUAGCACAUUCAAGCCAGCCAACGUUCCCUAUACGUACGACCGUACCAAGUUCCACAAGGAGACCAACAUCCCAAUGGAUUAUUAUGAUAAGAACGAGGUGAAGCCCACUUCUUCCUUCAUGGAUUUUAAGGACCCCAGGAUCGGCAGGAUGAACAUGCACAAUCCUGCCCUGGAAAACUUGAAGAUGUCCCACAUCUUGCCCCCAUUGGGCGGGUCUCAACUGCACAACACGACCCAUCAAGUGAUGUUUACCCCAAAGUCGUCAGAGAAACACGUCUACGACUCACAGAGGCUGCAGAAAAGUUCCGUUCCUCUGGGAACACUGAAAAUUGUCUAGACAUUUUAGAGUUGUCUCUCUUUGCAAGCUUGAAAUUUUAGAAGUCUUUCACUUCUACUACUAAAUUUCACAAGAGCUUGCAAAUGUCAGCUGUCAAGUAUUUAACUUUGAAUUUAGAGUGCUUAAUGUAUAGGGGGAAAUGCAAUUAAACAUUAAUAUCCCCCCUGAUUUAUUUUGUUAACACUUGUGCAUUAUCAAUGUGGUUAAAUAUAGCAAGAACACUCAGAUAAGACCCGGGUCCCAUCAGGAUAAAUGAUAAAUGUUUAUUGAGGAAUAUAAAGUAUAUUAAUAAAAUUCUUAUCAAAAUGAAAUCAACGAGAGUAAGAUUCAAGGAAAUUAAAGUAUAUUUACAAGGGUUCUUUGAAAUUUUUUAUAGUGUGUGUGUUAAUGGAGGUAGUUUUCAUAACUAUAGACCACCGCCAUGUUUUGUAGUUGUGUAUUGCUUUUAACCUAGAUAAUCACAAGUAUGACUUUUAUGAGCAAAUUUUUAUUUAAUUUAGCAAGCAAACAGAUACCCUGACUUGGGUUAUAGUUUAUAUUAAAUAAUAUUUAUUGAAUGCUCAACCUAGUAUUAAAGUUUUGCGUCUUGCCUUAUAGUUUUUUUUUAUAUGUAUGUUGCAAGCAUCAGUAUUAACUAUAUACACUAUACACAGUGCGUCGAAAAGUAUUAGUACUAGCAUUUACAUGCAUAAUACCAACCCUAACAGUAUUACGAAUUUUUUUUAACUUAUUCAUAAUAAUAAAUGUCUUGUUUUGUUGAUUUGUAUUUUUGAAGAGAUUUAUUUUUAUCGUUUGUUUUACUGAUGCUAUAAAUUGUUGUUGCAUUUUAUGUCCUUUUUGAAGUUUUUAUCGUAUACACAUAAUUUUUAUCAAUAUGUGCCGAGCCCCGUACAGUUUAAAAUUUGUCCAAACUUGUUUGUAUUUAGAGGAGAGGCGAUGGGGCUUGUAGCUUUAUUUAAAUCCAGUUGUCUGUUGCUGUGAAAGUGCUGUCCCUUGUUUAUGUUUAAUGUGUUCAGUAUUCACAAUUGUGUUAUCUUUUAAUGACUUCCUGAAAUAAAGAUUCGUUGAAAACAGAAACAA